AUGUCAGCAGAGACCACAAGCAGCUUGACUCCUGCAGGAGACAGCCAUGUACCUGUGACCAGUGGUAGUCCCAAGGCCACAAAGGCAACCAGAGCAGUAGUGGUAGACAUUGGCACAGGUCUCUGCAAGUGUGGCUUUGCAGGGGACCCGUGGCCUUCCUGCGUUGUCUCAUCGACGGUUGGUAAGCACAUGUCAGGGAGCAAUCAGAAAGGAACCUUUGCUGGGCAAGAGCUUUGGAACAGCACAGCACCCUUCACACUCAGUGCCCACGCAAAGCAUGACUUCCUGCUGGACUGGAACUGUGUCCAAGGUACUCUGGAGCAUAUUUUCCAGAGAGAGAUGAAGAUUCAGACAGAGGACCAUGCUGUUCUGGUGUCAGUGCCCCUCUCGUGUCCCUUCAUUUACAAGAGCAGAUACACAGAGAUGCUGCUGGAGGGAUUUCACAUGCCUGCCAUCCACGUUGCCUAUCAGCCCCACUUAUCCAUGUUCUCCUACGGGAGAACCUCAGCUCUGGUGGUGGAAAGUGGCCAUGGCACUUCACAGGUGGUUCCCAUCUACGAAGGUUACGUUUUAAAUGGCAUCACUAAGAGCGUAGCUUACGGUGGCUUGGACAUCACAUGUUUUCUCAGGAAGUUACUGAAUGAGUCUGGAACUGUGCUCACAGGGCAGCAGCUAGACAUCGUGCAAGACAUCAAAGAGAAGUGUUGCUACACUUCUCUGAACUUCACAGAGGACUUGAGUUUGCCUGUGGAGCGACAAGAGAUGGGUUAUAAGCUGCCGGACGGACGCCUCCUGACGGUAGGCAAGGAGAGAUUCCUUUGUGCCGAAGCACUCUUCCAACCAGACUUGCUCGGCUCACAGGAGCCAGGCCUUUCACAGCUGGCACUUGCCUCCCUCAAGAAGCACAAACAUGACAUCAUCAAGACAAUGAUGGGGAACAUCUUGCUGUGUGGGGGCAGCACCAUGAUGGAGGGCUUUGCUGACCGCUUCUGGAUGGAACUGGCCAUGACAUGCCCCAGUGACAGCCUCAGCAUAACUGCAUCCCCUCACAGGAAGUUUUCUGUCUGGGUUGGGGGCUCUAUCCUGGCCUCACUACACUCUUUCCAGGACCUCUGGAUCUCCAGGAGUGAGUAUGAAGAAUAUGGUCCCGUCUGCAUCCGGAAGAAGUGCUUCUGA